AUGGCUGCGAGGUGGCUCCUGCUGGCGCUCCUCGCCGCCCACGCCGCGGCUCUUCCUGAUAUCAUUAGGAUAGGUGGGCUGUUUCAUCCGUCAGACGACAAGCAGGAAGUGGCCUUUCGUUAUGCUGUGGAAAAGAUCAACGCCAACCGGGACAUCCUGCCCAAGUCUCGUCUCAGCGCCCAGAUUGAGCAGAUAAAGCCGCAGGACAGUUUUCACGCUUCCAAGCGAGUGUGCCAUUUGCUGCGCAGCGGUGUCGCGGCGAUUUUUGGCCCGCAGAGCGCGCACACCGCCUCCCACGUGCAGAGCAUUUGCGACACCAUGGAAAUUCCGCAUCUGGAGACACGCUGGGACUACCGGCUCAGAAGACAGAGCUGCCUCGUCAACCUUUAUCCGCACCCCACCACCCUCUCCAAGGCGUACGUUGAUUUGGUGAAAGCCUGGGGCUGGAAGAGCUUCACCAUCAUCUACGAGAACAACGAAGGGUUGGUGCGGCUGCAGGAGCUACUCAAGGCACACGGGCCCAGCGAAUUUCCUAUUACGAAACUGCAAACGAUCGGCGAAGAUUUCUGCGGUCUGGACGUGAACACGCCUCUCGGAGGUGAGGAUCCGGUGGAAGGAACCCCGGUACUCACUUUCAACACACAUCUAACGGCGGUGGCAGCCACCUCGACCGGCGACUACACGGUCGUCUUCUUGGGCACGAUGAAGGGUCACCUGAAGAAGGUGGUAGUGGAAAGCUCGACCCUGGCCCUGGAAUACGGCGACCUGGAGAUCGACGAGGACUGCCCGGUGAACCCGGACCUGUUAUUCGACUCUCAGCUGAUGCAUCUGUACGUGAUGACGAAUAAAACGGUGUCCAAGGUGAAAGUGCAAGAAUGUUCGGUGUACAAGACCUGCCUGGAUUGUCUGGGAGCUAAGGAUCCGUACUGCGGCUGGUGCUCGCUGGAGAACAAAUGUACCCUGCGCAGCGAUUGUCAGGAUGCCGCCAAAGAUCCGCUCUAUUGGAUCUCUUACAAAAGCGGUCGAUGCACUACCAUCACGUCCGUCACACCGAAUCAACUGCAACGAACAACGGCUAGAACCCUGGAAUUGAUCAUCGAGAAUCUACCAACGCUAUCUGGACAAUUUCUCUGCGCGUUCUCCACCCUGGACAAAACCUUGAUCACCAACGCGUCGAGGAAAUCGUUCGGCGUGAACUGUACCACACCGCGUACAGAUCUGUUGCCACCUAUUUCACCGGGACAGCAUCAUUUCACCGCGAAACUGUCCGUUCGAAUGACGAACGGACCUGACCUGGUCAACACGAAUUUCACGUUCUUCGACUGUAACACGUACAGCUCGUGCACCAAAUGCGUAUCGUCGAGCUUCCCCUGCGACUGGUGCGUGGACGGUCACAGAUGCACGCAUGACACAGCUGAGAACUGUCGGAACGAUAUAUUGGUCACGGGAGUUAGCAGAACGGGUCCAAGCUACAGAAGUGGUCCAGCAUUCUGUCCCACGCUGAACGCGACCGAUUCCCAGGAGAUCUUGGUGUCUUCCGGCGUGAAGAAGGUGAUACGAGUUAAAGUGCACAUCAUCGGGCAAUUCAUCGUGCAGACCAGGUUCGUCUGUCAGUUCAACAUAGAGGGCCGCGUGACGAGCGUGAACGCUCGCCUGCUGGCCGACACGAUUUACUGCGACGAGACCGAGUUUUUGUACACGUCCCGUGCACCGAACAUCACCGUACCCUUCGCGGUGAUCUGGGGCGGCUCCAAACCCCUGGACAACCCGCACAACAUCCAUCUGGUGAUAUACCGGUGCCGCGACAUGGCCGACAACUGCGGAAUGUGCUUGACCCUCGCGCCAAAGUACGACUGUGGCUGGUGCCAGAGCACGGACAGAUGCGAGGUGAAGGACAACUGUGAACGAGACACCGGCGUAUGGUUGAACAGCAAUCAAACCUGCCCCAACCCUCCGGUCAUGGGACCCUGGGAAGGUAACACCAACGUGACAAUACGCGGCAUCAACUUGGGUCAGACGUUCAAGGACAUCUACAGCGGCGUAAUGGUCGGUGGAAUGAGAUGUCUACCGUACGAAGAGCUCUACAUGCGCACCAAGCAGAUCGUCUGCCGAGUCGACGGUCCAGGUACAGAGAAGUGGGCGAAAAAACGUGGACCGGUUAUAGUGAUGAUCGAGGACUUCAGGGGUCAGUCAGAGUACAACUUCGAGUUCGUGGAUCCUCAGAUCACCUCUAUAUCGCCGAAAUACGGUCCGAUGAGCGGUGGUACCACCGUGAGGAUUACCGGAAAUUACAUGAACGCCGGCAGCACAAUUAAAGCGUUCAUCGAUCGUCUGCCAUGCUCGAUAAUCAGCGCGGAGAUCAACGAGGCGCUCUGCAUGACCAGCGCGAGUAACCGGAAGACGAACGGCGAAGUUCGAAUGACGUUCGACGGCGCGUCUCGGAUCUACGACGGUUACUUCGAGUACGCGGACGAUCCGACGAUAGAAAGCGUGGAGAGCGGUGUCGCUGGUCAAAUGAAGAUCCCUAAAGGCAUUCCAGCGGGUGGAAUAAAGAUCUCGGUGACUGGAAAGAACUUGGGCUACAUCCAGAGCCCGCAGAUGUACGUGUACUACGACGAGAAGAUGUUCGUGUCGCAGUGCGAGGUGCACAGCCAAGAAAGUAUGUACUGCAAGUCGCCGACCAUCGAGGUUCCCGAACACGUUGUCCUGGACGCGGAGAAACCGGUGCCGUUGGAGUACGGUUUUCGUAUGGACAACGUGACAGGCGUGCAGAAUUUGUCGCAACAGGGUUUCAACGAUUUUCUCCUCUAUCCGAAUCCCAUAUACGAGGUGUUCGACGAGGAGAUCAAGUACUACAAGAGCGACUAUCUGACCAUCAACGGGCAACACCUCGACCGUGCCUGCCAGGAAUCCGACGUGACUGUACAGAUUGGUAACGCUUUCUGCAACGUCACUUCUCUCUCGAGACAACAGCUCACCUGCAGACCACCUCUGACACAACCGCCGGCUAUAGACUCGCUCGGUUUCCCGAAUAAACAGGAGUUACCCGAGGUUAUCGUGAUCGUUGGCGGUAGGCUUCGUUACAACAUUGGAAAACUGAGCUACGCCCCGGCAGCUGGUCCGAACGGACCGCUGUCCAAGCCAGCUUUGAUCGGAGUGAUCGCUGCCAUAGUCAUCCUGGUUGUCGUGUUCAUCGCCUUCCUGAUCGCGUACCGACGCAAAUCCACGGAGAGCAAUCGCGUGUUGAAGAAUAUGCAGGAGCAAAUGGACAUUCUAGAGCUUCGUGUCGCCGCCGAGUGUAAAGAGGCCUUCGCCGAACUGCAAACCGAGAUGACAGAUCUCACGGGCGAUUUGACCAGCGGAGGUAUUCCUUUCUUGGAUUAUCGAACUUACGCCAUGAUGAUACUGUUCCCGAGCGACGAUAACACGCCGGUGUUGCAAUGGGAUCGACCGGAAUUAACGAGAAAGGAGAAAGGACUGCGAUUGUUUGGACAGUUGAUCAUGAAUAAGACUUUCUUGCUUCUCUUCGUGAGGACCCUAGAGAGCAACCGGUAUUUCACGAUGAGGGAGAGAGUUGUCGUGGCUAGUCUUAUCAUGGUCACGCUUCAGAGCAAGAUGGAAUACUGCACGGAUAUUUUGAAGACUCUUUUAGCGGAAUUGAUAGAGAAAUGUACGGAAGGAAAGAGUCAUCCGAAGCUGUUCCUUAGAAGAACGGAAAGCGUCGCUGAGAAGAUGUUGUCAGCUUGGUUCACUUUCCUACUCUACAAGUUCAUGCGAGAGUGUGCUGGAGAACCCUUGUACGUACUGUUCCGUGCAGUGAAGCAGCAAGUUGACAAGGGUCCUGUCGAUGCUAUUACAUCCGAAGCACGAUAUUCGUUGUCAGAAGAGAAGCUGAUUAGACAGUCCAUUGAUUUCAAACCAAUGACGGUGUACGUGUCAAUAUCGCAACAAACGGUCUUCGUCGGUGGAAUGGAUCCGAACACAGAGAACGUUCCAGUCAAGGUUCUCGACUGUGACACGAUAUCUCAAGUGAAGGAGAAGGCAUUGGACACCAUCUACAGAGCCACACCGUACAGUAAAAGACCCAAGAAGGAUGAUCUUGAUCUUGAAUGGCGAACUGGAGCAUCCGGUAGAUUGAUCCUUUACGACGAAGACUCCACGACAAAGACGGAAGGUGAAUGGAAGAAACGAAACACGCUGAACCAUUAUAGGGUACCAGACGGAGCCUCGCUCAACUUAGUUUCCAAACAGUCGUCGAUCUACAAUCUGUCGAUCCUCUCGGAGAAGACGGACAAAUCGCACAAGUACGAGACCCUGAACCUUAGUAAAUUCAGUUCGGCAAGCCCUCCGCUCUCUCGCGCCACGUCACCGUUGAAUCAGAAUCACGACGGCGGAUUGAAGUGUUGGCAUCUUGUCAAACACCACGAUUCCGACGCGAGAAAGGAAGGGGAUCGUAGUAAUAAAAUGGUGUCAGAGAUCUAUCUGACGAGGUUACUAGCAACGAAGGGUACCCUCCAGAAAUUCGUCGACGAUCUGUUCGAAACAAUCUUUAGCACUGCCCAUCGAGGAUCUGCUCUUCCUCUCGCGAUUAAAUACAUGUUCGACUUCAUGGAUGACCAAGCACUGCAACACGGCAUAUCCGACCCUGAAGUUGUUCACACAUGGAAGAGCAACUCGCUUCCGCUGAGGUUUUGGGUGAACCUCAUUAAAAAUCCUAACUUCAUUUUCGAUAUACACAAGUCGAAUAUCGUGGACUCGUGUCUGUCCGUCGUCGCGCAAACAUUCAUGGACAGCUGUUCCACUUCAGAUCAUAGAUUAGGUAAGGACUCGCCGAGUUCUAAGCUACUUUACGCAAAGGACAUUCCAGUGUACAAAGAGUGGGUAGAACGUUAUUACGCAGAUAUCAAAGUGAUGCCAGCCAUAUCCGAUCAAGACAUGAACGCCAUGCUUGCCGAAGAGUCUAGGUUGCACACGGCAGAGUUCAACACGAAUUGUGCUCUGUACGAGUUGUACAGGUUUGCGGAUAAAUACAACGAACAACUGAUAGUUACUCUGGAGGAGGACGAGUUCUCGCAGAAACAGAGAUUGGCAUACAAGCUCGAACAGGUACAUAAUAUUAUGGCGGCGGAUAACCCCUGAUGUACCAUGAACUCUAUGAAACAUAUGACAAAGCCUGCCCGCCAAGAGUUACCCUGCUGAAUACUCAACCGCAGUUAGGUAUUCUCAAGGAAUCACCAAGAGGACUGGCCUAUCUUGUAAUCGAUCGUCUCAGGUUUUCGUGCAAGCCAGUUAUCUCAGCUUAGUACGCGAAUUAAUAAACACAAGAAGAAAAUUGCACAACGGACCGGUAAAAUGUUCGAACGGGGAAGUCGCAAAAUGUCUUACGAGGACCUGAAGUGUUUUUGUGACAAAGUCUUCUGAAUUUCGGCCGCUGGCUGGCAGGUGUAGCGUUAUUCACGCAGCGCAUUGCCACGCAUAAUUGUACAUAAGAUACCAAAAUCACGAUUAAUUGUAAUAGAAUUGUCGAUGUGCGCCCACACCGCCCGGCGGCCAACCAGCCACACACACACAAGAUGAAAACUGAAAUGAUUUCGCGCGCUAUAAAAUCGUCGUGGCGACGAUCCACAAUGCUCGCGAUCACACGGCGGAUAGGGUUUUAAAACGAACGAAAAAAUAAUAGGACAUUAGUGAUAUAAGUGAGUGAACGAAUCAGCCGAUCGAUCCGAUAAUUUGUAAAUGUGUUUAAAAAAGAAAAAAAAAAUGAAAAAGAAACGGUCGAUAUUUGCCGCCGCUUAUCGGGGAUCGGCGAUUUUUAACGAAGAAACAUUUCCAUCCACCGCUACUAAAUGAAAUUUUUUUGAAUUACGA